AUGGACGCGGCGGUUGUUUCUGUUUUCAGGAAUGGCGAUUAUCUUCUGACAACGUACAACAAGGUGAAGCGGUGUCCGCGGGACGGUUCAAGCACAUGCAUGACUGUAGCUGGCCAAGGAGGCAAAGGAAACGGCAUCGACCAGCUUGACGAUCCUCGGGGAGUUGCCGAAGAGAGCAACGGCGACUUCAUUGUCGCUGACAGAGGAAAUCCACGCGUGCAGCGGUGCCCAGCUGAUGGUUCUGGGAAGUGUUCAACAGCUGGUGGGAAUGGAGUGGGGCACAAGCUGAAUCAAAUGCAGCCUGGUGCUGUGAGAAUCUUUCGAGAUUCCUACCUCUCGGACCUUGGCUCCAUGUGUGUGCUGCAGUGCUUUCAGAGCGGCUCAGGCGGCUCAGAUCUCUAUGACAGAUGCGUUGCAGUUCUUGCUGGGCUCUGCUCUCCGGUUGCCUUUGCGAUGGCCCGAAUGGCGGAUACCUGA